CGGGACGAUCGAAGACACUUGGUGCAAUCCGAUUGCGCAUGGCCGAGAAGCAUUUCGACCCAAAGCUACAGAGCAUGCCCACUGCCAUAGGGUUUCUGCAGUGGUGCCAGUUUCGAGGCUUCAAGAAAGGGGAGAGAGAUUUUUAAAAGGUUCUUUAAAAGAGAAAAGGAAGAGAGAAGACCUAACUCACAUCACUGCCUAAUUUCGUUGUAUUUUUUCUUCUCUUUUUUUGGUGUUUUCAGUGUCCGAUUUAGGGACUGGCCGUAUCGGCUGGGAUCAUUUUUAAAAUUCUACAAUGUCCUCCUCGAACCAUUUUUUGGCCUUCUGUGGUAUAAUCGUCCUAGCAUUCGUCAUUAAGGGAGGUGGAGCAAUUAAAUGCUGGGAAUGCAAUUCACAUUACGAUGCUAAUUGUGCAGAUCCAUUUGAAAAUUAUACAUUCGCUCUUACCGAUUGUAAUCAAAGGUUUCUAAGCCAUUUCCCCAAUACACCAGCAUCAUUAUGUCGGAAAAUUGUCCAAAAAGUAAAUGAAAAUUAUCGUUAUAUACGAGGAUGCGGAUGGCUUCCUGAAGAGAAAGAAGGGGUGGAAUGCGUGAAGAGAGCAGGUACUUUUAACGUAUUGGUCCAGUACUGCAACUGUGAAGAAGAUGGCUGCAAUUCAGCUUCACACAUGGGAAUCAGUUGGAUAGCCGUCGUUACCAUUGUGACUCUCAUUUUAGCAAUUAAAUAACUAAUAUAUAUAUAAAAAUUUAACUUGAUCACCAUGUAGUUCUUCACAAAGAGAUAUAAAAAGAAAAUAUUAAUAUAUGUAUAUAUAUAUAUGUAUAUAUACGUAACACAAAAAAAUAAUAAUAAUAAUAUUAUAUUCUGUAUAUAUACAAAUAUAUGUACUACACGGACGGAAGCGAAUUGGGUUUUUACACCAAUUGGAAAAAGAACAGUUUAUUGUUCUAAUCAGAAAUAAUAUAUACAUAUUAUUGUUUCCUUUACAUAAAAAAAAAAACUGCCACAUUUCUUCUGUGUGUUAGGUAGAAAUAUAAUUUCACCGAAUUGGGCAUUUUUGAUGUCGAAUCAAAGUUGCACAUGGGUGUAAUUAGCAGUUUAAAUCACGCAUGGAUGGGUAGAGGUUUGCAUAGAUUUAAAAAAAAAAAACAAUUGCCUGAAUAUAAAAAAAAAUAUAUAGUAUUAAAUAGUCCGACUUCAUCUCAAACGAACAAUUAGUUAAUAAAACAAUGAAAUGAUUCACCUACACUAACAAGUAAGUAGCCCAUGAGAAGCGGAAGAAAGCAUCCACGAGCUAUAGAAAGAUAUAUAAAAGAGGAAAAAAAUUAUAUAUAAAAGAAUAUAUAUAUAUAUAUAAAGAGAAUUUUAAACAUUAAAUGUAUAGUUAUUCUAGAAUAUUUUAUUUUUAGUUUCUUUACAAAAAAAAAAAAAAAAAAAUAAUUGAAGUUGUGUCCUCCUCACUUUCUCUAUCUUCUCUUUGAAAUCUCUCUAUAAGUAAAUUAGUGUUUAGUCCAUUUGAGAAUCUUUAUUAAUACUCUAAAAUUUCCAUCAUUAAUUUGUAAGGAACCAUGUUAAAUUUCCAAGGACUGAUAGUAUAAUUUUAUUAUAUUUGUGUAUAACUAUAUAAAACAAAAACAAAAAAAAGGAAAAAAACAUAUGUGAUUGAAUUUUGAUGUUAAUUCUAAGCUCAUUAGCUGGUGAGUGUGUAUUUUUUUACCGCGGAAUUUAUUUGUGUAUAACUUAAUUUUUUUUUGUUUUUAUUUUCUUCUUUUUGAAUGGUGUCGUCCGUUCAAAAUCCUGUGCAAUGUCCCUCAUCUGUAUGUGAGCGUGUGUAACAGUCACAAUGAUGCUAAUCUGCUUUAAAUAAAGAUUGGGAAGUUGUCUUCCCGCAAACAUG